CACAGGGGCAGGGAAAAGUGCGGGGCAGGGGACAGCGAGGAAGAAAAAAAAAAGCAAACAGAAGCAGCUUCUGGUUUUUCUUUCACAUUUUUUUCGCACUCCCGCUGCAUCAUUACAAGAGAACAGGCACCGCCGGCUCAUAAAAACCUGCGUGGCUUGCACGCACACACACUCACUCUCGCACACGCAGUCGAGGAGGAUCAACUCAGAGCGGCUUCUUCGCCCGUGGCACUUGAGAACUAGGGAGGUGUGCUUGACCACCUGGGAGCAGGUGGAGGAGAACCUGUCGCGGCUACCGUCUGACUCCCACGUGGAGGAGCUUGACCUGAUGUCAAACGAGGAGUGCCGUUCGCCCAUCGGCCUGGACUGCUGCAGCUGCUGUCUGGAUCUGGCCAAUGGCUGUGAGCCCGAGCCGGGUCGACCGGGUCACACCAGCCUGGGGAGCCCGACGUCCAUCAACCACUUCCGACAGCUCCGAGACCAGCUUCACUUCCAGAACCUAAACACAGAUAAGCUCAACAACAUCAUGAGACAGGACUCACUGGAGUCGGUGGUCCGGGACCCCUGUUACCUGCUCAACGAGGGCAUCUGCAACAGCAACAUUGACCAAACCAUGCUGUCCAUACUGCUGUUCUUCCACAGUGCCUCUGGCGCAAGCGUUGUGGCAAUUGACAACAAGAUCGAACAAGCAAUGGAUCUUGUGAAGAAUCACUUAAUGUAUGCAGUCAGAGAGGAAGUUGAGAUCUUGAAAGAGCAGAUCAAGGAACUGGCAGAGAAGAACAACCAGCUGGAACGUGAGAACAGCCUGCUGAAGAACCUGGCAAGCCCAGAGCAGCUGGAGAAGUUUCAGUCACGUCUGCCCUCGGAUUCGAGCCUCCCCCUGGAGCCUCAGGAGCUGGGGUCCUGCGAAGAUGGUGAGCGCCAGUACAGCAGCACGGGAUCUGCUGUAUAAGUGGCUCUGCCAUGGGGCGGGCAGAGCCACAGCUCUCACCUGAAAUGGACCUCCAGAUAUGCAACUUCAAGAUGAAGCUGGCUGUACAGAUGAAAACCUGACCUGAAAUGAAAGCAUUACGACGUACAAGUGGCCUAGUUCAGUAAUAUCCGACAAUCUCUUCGGACUAACGUGGAAAAGAGAGAGCGACGUAGACGUCCGAGGUUACUGUACAACGGGACUGACGUGCCCCUUGCUAGGAAGGGGGCCCAGCCUUGCUUUCCCUUGGUCCCUCUCACGAAGAGACGGAGAGGGGUUUGCCUGACGGAGCUGGCCGAGAGCGAAACUUCGGCCUUUAUCUAAGUCAAGCCAAGGAAAUGUACGUCCCUACGAGAUACCCCCACAGCCCCACCUGACGCAAGGGACUCAUGCGUUCAUGCCCUCCAUGUCAUUGAUCCCUAGUACUGUGGACAUUUCUUAGCUCCUGUAGUUAAGGACGUUCGAGACGGACUCGUACAGAGUGGCGACGUCCGCAGCGGUGACUCCUGCCACAUGAUUUGUAUAGCAUCGCUUGUAUCUCCGCAGAUGGGGCCUGCUGCUUAUGGGGAUUAUUGCUUGUUUGUGUUUUGAAACGGAACAAAAUCAACUUGUUUAUAUGGGCUAUGUGUAAAAAAUGAUUUUUCUCUUAUUGUGGGAAUGAAAAUCUGUAUACAUUUGCAUAGUUCUGUAAAUUUAGCAACUGAUGUAAAGCGAAAUGUUCUGAAACAGACGGCGGUGUGGGGUGGAUACUGUUGCUGCGAAUGUUCUGUUGACCUUCUAUGCCAACCAACUAACGGGCACGACGGUGUCUGAAAAGGGCCAUGUUUUUCAGUGAACUUUGUGUUUUCUAACUACCAAAGACUUGCCUAAUACUCACAAGCCAACAGGACCAUGUGGAACUUUUCACAGGGAGACGUUUUUGACAGCAGUCUUUUUGAAACAUGGGUAUUGUUGCUUCAUUGUGUCCAUGGUAUUUUUUUUUUAACAAUUUUUGGAUGCAAAAUGCACAUUGCAAUAAACCUUAUGUUUACACUAAA